UUAGUUUAACGCAGCUAUGACACUCCUCAGCAUGAAGACAUUUCCAGCCUUUUUAUGGGGAAUAUUCAUCGUGGCUGCUUCAACCCCAGAAACUAGUGGUUCUACCUACACUGUUGAGCCCAACAAGACAAGCGCCCAGCUGACAACUGCACUUGCGUUUCACAAUAAAACAGAUUCACACCCUGCAGUGUGGGGAACAACUCACAGACCUGCAGCUACUACCGUUUCUGCAGCGGCACAGAGCACAGUGGUAACCACAGUGGAAACUAGCGCGGCAGCUAUCAGUAACAAAACUAAAAGCUCCAGUGACAGUGUAGUCACUUUGAUUCCUACAAGCCCUGCAGCAGCAGUCCCAAGCAGCUCCGCUCCGCAGUUACUUCAUACCUCCACAGCUUUGAUUGAAACUCAACCCACCCACCAAGUGACCAUGAAAGAAACAACAACACAUGCAGAGGACGGGUCCCAUCCACAGUCAACCACAGCGCCAGACACCACUGCUCCUGCAACAUUCUCAUCAACAGCAGCUGUGUCUUCUCCACAGCCCACAUCCAUCACUGAGUCUGCAAUGACAUCAGUGUUAUCAUCCACUUUCUCUUCUGAGAAAUCUACUGCAGCUCCAGGCACUCAGAACCUCAGCAGCCUUUCAGUUUCUACUGCAAGCCCAUUGACGGCAGAGUCGAUCUCAGAGACAACACGUGUGCCACAGGUGUCCACCUCUUUGCGCCCCACAACAGCCAAGACACUGAAAACCAGCCCUGAGAUUUCAUCUGCAACUCAGUCCGUUUCUGCCUCAAGUUCUUCUAUCUCCACACAGUCAAAUGCUACCUCUACGUCAACUGAAUCUCCCAACUCCACCAUUGCAAUAAUCCCGUUCCCCCGUAGGCCCACGGUGUUACCACAUCCAAUAACUAAGCCAGCCCCAGCUACUAAAUCGCCACACGGUGAAAUCUCAAAAUCAACCCCCAUCACCGAGGUUCAACCCUGCUUGACCCAGAACGUGGUGAAGCAGUGCCUCAUUGUCAUCGCCUGCCUGGCUUUGGUGUGCACAAUCUUUAUCUUUACUACCAUUGUCCUCUGCGCCAAACUGUCAUCGAGGAAGCACAAGCGCAAACCUCAAAAGGAAACGGAAAUGAUGUGCAUUUCUGCUCUGCUGCCCGAGAGGAGCUACAACUAUACGAGACAGCACAAUCCGGUGCCCAAUGGCGUCCUGGUGAUGCCAAGGGCUGAAGACAGCGAUGACGAGGUGGGAGAUAAUCUGACUCUCAGCAGCUUCCUUCCAGAGAAUGAUCGCUACGUGUAGAUGGAUUUUACUAUGCUUUCAUCUGUUUGCUAUCAGUCAGCAUGGAAAUAGCUGCUUUUUUAAUAAACUCCUGCUUCCCCUUUGAUAUUACUGGUUUUGCUUCAGUACCUGCCGUAUUUCAGUGGAGGAAGAGAGAAACCACAAACAGACAAACAUUCACGGUUUCAUGUGCAAGUGCCUGUAACUGCAUGUGGUAUUUGACAAGGUCUGUGCUUUUUGCAUGACUUUAGCCUCCACAGGAUGAAGAGUGAUCAAAGUUUGUUUUUUGUUUUUUUUUCAUCCGGAGCUGAGCCCUGCUGGUAUUUCACUUUACGACAGGGGACAGGAAGACUUGCUGUGCAAAGGGAUAUUAUUGCUCUGUUCAGACACUGUUCAGUUUACAAGAACUAUCCAGGUGGCUGAACACUUAAAGAGACAGUUCAGCCUCAAGUCAAAUUUACAUGUUGUUCUGCUGGCCUGUAGUGCUCUUUGUCCACCUGAUGUGCCGGUGUUUGCAGAUAUUUACUGUAGAGUUGCCUUCCUUGUCUUGAAUAUACCAGAACCAGGUUACAACUGACUUCUGCUACUCAUUGCAAAUUUCUUUUUUCAAGAAAUCAUCCUCAAAUGGUGUUGUGAGCAGUUUUAUGCAGGAACUAUGUCUUUUCGACCUAACUGCAUCAGCCAGUCAAAAGCUAAUAUCACACCUCAGCUAAGGGGGAAACAAUCGGUGUUUACAUCCUGUCACAACGUCGUUGUGCAGUGGCACACUUCCUUCUGCAAAGUGAUGCAAUUGGCUGGUGCACUUUAGAAAAAAGAAAAUGUAACCACACAAAACUGCUCGUUAUGGUGGAUUUAUUUUCCAUAAGUGGGUUGUUAUGAUUGAUAAGAGCCAGGGAGGUUUCAAAGACAGUUUUUGAAGCUGUGAGCACCAUAAUUUUAAUAUCUAGCACCAUUAUAUUAAAUAAAAAAAGUGAGAUAAGAGAAAAAACAAGAGAUGGAUGGAUGGAUAUCACCAAUUUUGUGCAAUUCACACCAAAAGAUGAGCAGAUACAUAGAUGGUUGAACGCUUGAUGAUGUAAUGACCCUCUUGUCAGUUUGUCUUGGUAGGUCAUGUGACCCUGGCAUGGAGCUAACAUGGCUUAGUUGUAGGGUUUUCAUUCAUCAGGGGCUGAUUGUGGCAUAUAAGGAGCAGUCCUGGUGACUCUUUGUGUCCUGUCCUCUCCUCUUCUGUAUGGACUCCCUGUAAGCCUAUAAGAAAAUAGGAUCACCCGACUAGGCCACCUUCGGUCCACCUGAGUAUCACAUGACCUAUAAAAACAAACCGACAUGGGGGUCGUCACAAUGCACAAAACUAAUUUCAUGUUGUUUAAGUGUGUGUGAAGAGAUCUACUUUCUGAUAAUUUAUUAAUUAAAUGUCUUUGUUAACUUUAACAUUUUAGUAACUCUUCAGGUUAAGAGUCAUAAUGAAAAAAAGAAUAAAACAUUUCUGCAAACGUAGAACUGAUCACUUCUCAGUGUAGAAGUUAAACAUAUUCUGUGGUUCUCUCAUGACAACAAAAGUUUGAGGAACUUAUCUGAAAGAUUUCCUCAAAACGAUUAUGCCUUGCAAUCCAUAUUGUGCUUAGUGUUAUGAAUAUUUUCAACAUUAAAAGUAGCCUUUUUAAUAAAAAAAGAAACUGUCUGUAAAUUUCUAAACAGUCAAAAUAGAAAUAAACUUUCUGUGA